AUAGAACCCGGCGCGCGGGUGACGCACUUGCCGGCCGCGCGGUGAUUGGCGGAGCCGUGCGCUGACUGGCGGUGGUGCUGGCGGGAGAUUGCAGCAUGGCGUCGGUGGUGCCUGGGUCUGCGGCGGAGUCGCUGUGGCCGGAGGGCUCGGGCGCCGAGGGCGGUUUCGUGCGCGCGGUGUUGGCGUUGCCCGACAAGCCUGACACCACCGUGCGCUUCUUCGAGCGCGGCGAGCACUAUACGGUGCACGGCGGGGACGCGCAGCUGGCCGCCCGCGAGGUCUUCCGCACCCGCGGCGUCAUCCGGCUGCUGGCCGGGGGCCCAGGCAAUCAGAAACUCGAGAGUGUUGUGCUUAGUAAAAUGAACUUUGAAUCUUUUCUGAGAGAUCUACUUCUGGUUCGUCAGUACAGAGUUGAAAUUUACAAGAACAAAGCAGGCAGUAAAUCUACCAAGGAGAAUGACUGGUAUUUGGCAUACAAGGGUUCUCCAGGUAACCUUGCCCAGUUUGAGGAAAUUCUGUUUGGCAAUAAUGACAUGUCGACUGCCAUUGGUGUUGUGGGUGUUAAGCUAUAUACUGCUGAUGGACAAAGAGUAGUUGGAGUUGGGUAUGUUGACACUACACUCAGGAAGCUGGGUGUCUGUGAGUUUCCAGAUAAUGAUCAGUUCUCAAACCUUGAAGCUCUGCUGGUUCAAAUUGGACCUAAGGAAUGCGUGCUACCAGGAGGAGAGACUGCUGGGGAUAUGGAAAAACUACGACACAUCAUUCAAAGAGGAGGAAUCAUGAUUACAGACCGAAAAAAGGCUGAAUUCACAACAAAAGAUAUUGUGCAGGAUCUCAACCGCUUGCUAAAAUCAAAAAAGGAAGAGCAAGUGACUAGUGCAACGUUACCAGAGAUAGAAAAACAGGUUGCUGUUUCAUCCUUGUCAGCCGUUAUCAAGUAUUUAGAGCUCUUGUCGGAUGAAUCUAACUUCGGACAGUUUGAAUUGACUAGCUUUGACCUCAGUCAAUAUAUGAUACUGGAUAAUGCAGCUGUUCGAGCGCUUAACCUUUUCCAGAGUUCUGGUGAAAAUGCCAACAGUACACAAUCAUUGGUUGGGUUAUUAAAUAAGUGCAAAACUCCUCAAGGACAAAGACUGGUUAAUCAGUGGCUCAAACAGCCACUUACGGACAAGAACAGAAUAGAAGAAAGGUUAAAUUUGGUUGAGGCCUUUGUGGUAGACACAGAGCUACGGCAGUGCCUUCAAGAAGAGCUUCUACGUCGUUUUCCAGAUCUCAACCGGCUAGCCAAGAAAUUUCAAAGACAAGUAGCAACCCUGCAGGACUGUUACCGAAUGUAUCAAGCUAUUAACCAACUGCCUAAUGUUGUACAGGCACUGGAAAAACAUGAAGGAGCACAUCAGAUGUUGUUGCUGGCAGUAUUUGUAAUGCCUCUUAAUGAUCUCAGCUCUGACUUCUCCAAGUUUCAGGAAAUGAUAGAAACAACUUUAGACAUGAACAAGGUGGAAAAUCACGAAUUCCUUGUGAAGGCUUCUUUUGAUCCUAAUCUGACCGAGUUGAGAGAGAAGAUGAACAAACUAGAGGAGAGCAUGCAGUCUCUUCUAAAGACUGCAGCCAGAGAACUAGGCUUGGAAGCUGGCAAGAACAUCAAAUUGGACUCCAAUUCACAGUUAGGACAUUACUUCCGAAUUACCUGCCGGGAAGAGAAAGUCCUCCGGAACAAUGCAAAAUAUAAGAUCUUAGAUACCCAGAAGAAUGGUGUGAAAUUCACAAAUAGUAAAUUGAGCUCCUUCAAUGAAGACUACAUAAGAAGCAGAGAAGAGUAUGAAGAGGCUCAGGAAGCCAUUGUUAAAGAAAUCAUUAAUAUUGCUUCAGGAUAUGUAGAGCCAAUACAGACAAUGAAUGAUGUGAUAGCUCAGUUAGAUGCUGUUGUCAGUUUUGCUCAUGUAUCAAAUGGAGCACCUGUGCCGUACGUACGUCCAGUCAUUCUGGAAAAGGGACAAGGAAGAAUUGUGCUGAAAGAUUCCAGACACCCUUGCAUUGAAGUUCAAGAUGACAUAGCAUUCAUCCCGAACGAUGUUAACUUUGAGAAGGGCAAGCAGAUGUUCCAUAUUAUUACUGGUCCUAACAUGGGAGGGAAAUCAACAUACAUUCGCCAGGCUGGAGUGAUAGUUCUAAUGGCCCAAAUUGGGUGCUUUGUACCAUGUAGCUCAGCGGAAGUGACUAUUGUGGAUUGUAUUCUGGCUCGGGUAGGAGCAGGAGACAGUCAGUUGAAAGGUGUCUCGACUUUCAUGGCAGAAAUGUUAGAAACUGCUUCAAUUCUUCGGACAGCAUCUGAAAACUCUUUAAUAAUCAUUGAUGAGUUGGGAAGAGGAACUUCAACAUAUGAUGGAUUUGGGUUGGCAUGGGCUAUUUCAGAAUAUAUUGCCUGCAAAAUUUGUGCCUUCUGUAUGUUUGCUACGCAUUUUCAUGAACUGACAGCACUUGCUAACCAAGUGCCAACUGUGAAUAAUUUACAUGUCAGCGCACUAACCACUGAUGAGAUGCUGACUAUGCUUUACCGUGUCAAGAAAGGUGUCUGUGAUCAGAGUUUUGGAAUACAUGUAGCAGAGCUUGCGGCUUUUCCAAAGCAUGUAAUAGAGAGUGCAAAAGAGAAGGCUCUGGAGCUAGAGGAGUUCCAAACUAUUGGAAAACCUGAGGAAUCUGAAGGAGAACCAGCAGCUAAGAGACGCUACAGAGAAAAAGAGGAAGGUGAAAAAAUAAUUCAGGAUUUCCUUUGCAAAGUGAAAGCAUUGCCCUUGAGAGACAUGUCAGAGGAAGACAUCAGAACCAAACUGAAACAAUUGAAAGCUGAAGUGCUGGCAAAGAAUAAUGGUUUUGUGAAUGAAAUUGUUUCCCGAACAAAAGUUACUCCAUGAAAAAAGCUAAAAUGACACUGCUUGAAUUGUUUUAAGUCACAAGAACUAUUGUUUUCUUGUCUUGUAGGUUUUAUGCUUUGUGAUGUUUUGUACUCAUUACUGAAGCAACACUUUCUCCUGACUUGUAAUUACUUUUUUAAAUGAGUACCUAUUGUACCUGCGUAAUAGUUUAGUUACUGCUAUUUUCAAUAAAAUUGUUUCUCUAUCAGGGAAGUGUGAAUAAAAGAGAGCGAUAGUUUUUCCAGUAAGUCAAACCACAUAUAACUUUUACCAUGCUGUGUUAGUUAUGAAAACUGUCAGUCCUAGCACAUAAUCUACAGCUGCCCUCUACUGCAGUUAUUUUUGAUUGUUAUUAUUGAUGUUGCACUAGCUGGUCCAAAGGAGUACCUGGGAUAAUUGUAGUUUUAACAGGGCUGGAUUAGUGAUGUCUUUUAGAAAAACAUUUGAUAAGGAAUCUUAGCUAAUGAUUAGACAUUUAACUAGUUCUGACUAUACUCUCUUUAAGUGCAAAGGAUUGUUUACACUUGCUUGAGCCAGACAUAGUACAGGCUAGUGCACUUUCCAUUCCAGUGCUAGACUUUCAUUGUACAGAGACUGCCAGUUGUGUGGUGGGUUGUAAUGUGAACAAACAGGAACUAAGAUGAUGUCACCAAUUAACUUUCUUUUGUGAGUUAAAUAAGAUUCACGUAGUCGAACUCUCCAGAAGAGAGAAAGCUAAUUCAUUUUACCUGAUCUACUUAACAUGCUUCUGGGGGGGAGGAGGGGACCUGUCUUAUGUAUGCAAUGAUUUGAAUUGAAAGAGGACACAACUGUCCUGUGCAUGUGCUAUUACUGUGUCUCACAUACUGUGUACCAGCUAGUGUGCGUCAAUUCAGCGUGCAGUCACCUCCCUCUGUUGGCAAGCCCUGAAGCACAUCAAGGUACAGGUUUGCCUGCAGCACUUGCCUGUUAGCUAUAUAUGUUGCUUUAUAUCUGAAACUGGCAGUGUGAAAAGCUUUAUUAAAAAAAGUGAUGUCUGGUUGUGGGAUUAUAAGAACAUACAUAUGCUGAAGAUGACACACAUGACUCUUUGAUAUAUGCUCUAGCAGAGAUUAAACCAGAAUGUGUGUUAAGAAUGUUGAUAGCAGCGUGCUGUUGAAAAACUAAUUGUGUGUGUCUGAUCUAUACACUUAUUGGAGUAGAGUACAUAUAAUUUUAUUACUAGAAUGUUUGUUUCUAAGAGGGUUAUCAUACUAAACUUGAGAAGUUGAUCAUUUUUACUUUUAAUCAAGUAUAAGUUGGAAAAUAAGCAUACUAUACCCUAGCAGAUGUAGGAAAAGGUUAGUUCGAUGUAGAGAUUUUAUGUACAUUGGACUCUGCCACAAUACCUUAUAUUUGUUUUAAAUUAGAAUACAGUAUACUUUAAGUAUGUUCAUAUUAAACAUUGUAAGAAAAAAUAUCUAUAUAAGUAUAAUACUUAUAUACAGUAUUAUAGUGUCUGUAAAGUAACUAAUUUGUCAGAAGAGAAUAGCAUAAAGCAGUGCAGAGUACUGCAGCAAUACAAGUCCAUUUCCUUGAUAUACAAACAUUCUUAUAAUAGAUACUUAGUGGGAAUCGGUUUAAAUUACUAUAGAAAUUCAUGGGAAAUCACAGGGUUUGAAUUAAAUUGACUUGUUUCACUAUAUCUAAAGAAAGCUAGCAGUCCUUUGAAGAUUGUGAGUGGCAUACACCUAUUACAAGCCUAGGGAAAUGAGUGACUAGUGUAUUUGCUUAUGUGAAGAUCACAUGCUUGAGUCAACCUCGUAGUGAAAAUGUUGCCAUGCUGUGUAUUGGAAUAAGGUCCUUGUGACUGUUAAUCUAUGCAUGUGCUCUUCCUCAACCAUGGACGAGGAGUUUUACUUCUGUAGCAUGCCUGCUCAGCUCCACAGUUGUGUUAUCUGGGCAUUCCACAGGAUUUCAGCUCUGAGGCUAGAGUGGGCAGGGUACAAGAACCAUCUUGGUUCCUCCCAUAUUCCGCCCUCCAAAUCCCACAAGGAAGGAAGGUGUAAGCAGAUACAACCUGAGGCUGUAUUAAUGUACACUGCUUUUCUGCCUACCCUUGGAACAUCCCUUUCGAGGGGCACCAGCAGCAGCUGUGCUGAGGGAACCCCCAAAGGAUAGCUGCUGUAGGAGCCGAUGCUGUCCAGAGUUGUAUGAGAGGAAAGUAUGGUUAGGAUCAGAAAUAUACUCAAGAGCAUGGGCCACUUCUGGAGAUGCCCCCUUGCAACCUGUGGAUUAAAGGUGGGAAAUCCCUGAAUGCUUCUGCAGGAUGGAGGAACCCUCCAACAGACCUGUGAGUAGGAAAUUGUGAGUUGAACUUUGCAAAGUUUCCUCCCAUCAUGCGGGUUGUUCCUGUGAUGGGGAGAACGGUGCCAUUUGUUUUAAUUUAAAUCAGUGACCCUCCGACUGAGGCUUGAGAGCUGCAAGUGGCUCUUUAAUGUAUCUCCCGUGGCUCUUUGCAGCAUAUGAUUUUAAAACACUGUGUGACUUAAUUAUUAACCAAUGUAAGUUAAUGGUAGUUAAUAAAGUAAUACGUGGUCAUUUUUUAUAUAUAUAAGUAGUAAAUGAAACAAUGAAUACUCAGAAGAGCCACAGUAUAUAUAUAAUUUUCCGUCAUAGCAAAAUGACUGACCAAGUAUUUUAUUAACUGCCAUUGGUUAAUAGUAAAUAUAAGUAGUAAAUGAAACAAUGAAUACUCAAAAGACCCACAGUAGUGCGAAAUGUUUAUUGCUAAUCUGGCUCCUGAACCACUGAGGUCUGAGUAUCACUGAAUUAAAUCUAGCUGCUUUUCUUUCAGAAACAUGGCCACAAUGACAAGAACUGUGCCAGGAACACAUCUUAAAUGAAACAGGAACUAUGUCAUGAAUGCAGAUUAUCAAAGCUUCAGAACUAAAUUGUGCAGUUAUCAAGAGAGCUUGAGGCCACUGUCAGCCUUGAGUAAAGAUGCAAUUUCUCUUUUGCUCAUUCACACCCCUGUUCUCAAAAAGCUUGGCACUGAAUACUUGCUGCAUAUUCAGUAUCAGUUUGUAAUCUGUGCAGUUGCUUUUCAUUUAGAAGGCUGUUGAGGAAGAAAUAGCUUCUAGUAAAAGAAAAGGGCAUAUUACCAAACACUGCUAGACUUCAUUUCUUUGAAAAAUGCCAUUUUCUCCCUGAUUGCUUUAGCAUCUGAUCACAAAGUAGAAUGGUAGAACAAUGUAGUGUAUAUGCAUGAGAGCAACAUCUAUUCAAUAUACAAAUACUUGCUUUAUUUUUGUAUUGCAGUCAUAAGCAAGUGAGACGUAGCUUAAGACAAUUGAAAAGAACUAGAACAAUCUGAUAUAGUGGUAGGGAGAAUUCAGUGAUAGAUAAACAAGUUAGUGAAUUAAAAUAAAUCAGCCUAUCACUUCUGAGACUCCAGUUCUCAUGUGACCAGUAACCUAGCAGUAGUGUUUGCCUUUAAGCUACUUAAGACUAAUAUGUAUAGAAUAACGCUGAUCUGAAUGUCAAGUUGCAAAUGCCUGUUCACUUCUAACAACUGAUAAAGUGGCUGAUAAAAAUGACUUUAAAAUCUGA